AAUUAUAUCUGUGGAUAUGUACAGUCUAGUUUAAUGUCACAACAAAAAGUUUGCAAGUUGUAAAUCCGGGAGCUAACUUUCUCGUCGGAGAAGUUGAAUCCUGCCGGCGAUCCUCCGAUCAAUCACACAGCUUCUCGAAGCUCUCUACCGUCUUCUAUUCACAAUUCGUGCUAGCUACUCUGUUGCUUGCUUCAUUUCGAUGAAGAAACAGCGAUCGUGUUCAGAUCUAUAGCUUCCGAGAUCGUACACUCUUUGUUCAGAAGGUCGAGAGAUCUUUGGUUACUGAGAUUCUUCUAAGGGGUUUUGAUAUCUGAAAGCCGAUAUGGCGACUCGAAACCGUACACUCUUGUUCAGAAAGUACAGAAACUCCCUGAGGAGCGUCCGUGCUCCGAUGACGGAAUCGAAACCCGGCGUAGGUCCGGUGAUCGAGAUGGCGAGCACGUCUCUGUUGCAUCCCAAACGCUCCUACGCUCCUGUCAGUACCGAAGAUCCAGGGAACUCGAGUAAAGGAGCAGUUACAGUGGGAUUACCACCAGAUUGGGUUGAUGUAUCUGAGGAGAUAUCAGUGAACAUUCAGCGCGCGAGGACCAAAAUGGCUGAGCUUGGAAAGGCUCACGCGAAGGCGCUGAUGCCUUCGUUUGGGGACGGUAAAGAGGAUCAGCAUCAGAUCGAGUCUCUGACGCAGGAGGUUACUUUCUUGUUGAGGAAGUCAGAGAAGCAGCUUCAGAGGCUGUCUGCUGGUGGACCUUCUGAGGAUUCGAGUGUUAGGAAAAACGUGCAGCGGUCUCUUGCUACUGAUCUCCAACACCUUUCUAUGGAGCUUCGUAAGAAACAGUCUACGUAUCUUAAACGCUUGAGGCUACAAAAAGAGGAUGGAGGGGAUUUAGAGAUGAAUCUAAAUGGAAGCAGCUCUAGAGCAGAAGAUGAUGACUUCGAUGAUAUCUUAUUUAGUGAGCAUCAGAUGAGCAAGAUCAAAAAGAGCGAGGAAAUAUCUGUAGAGAGGGAGAAAGAGAUUCAGCAGGUUGUUGAAUCCGUAAACGAGCUCGCUCAGAUAAUGAAAGAUCUUUCUGCCCUUGUGAUAGACCAGGGUACGAUAGUUGAUCGGAUUGACUAUAACAUUCAGAACGUUGCUAGUACAGUUGAAGAUGGUCUCAAACAGCUGCAGAAGGCAGAACGUACACAGAGAAGUGGAGGCAUGGUUAAAUGUGCGUCUGUUCUCGUCAUACUCUGUUUCAUCAUGCUAAUUCUCUUAAUCCUCAAGGAGAUUUUCUUGUGACCCAAGAAACAAGGAUGAUCCCCCAUUCUUUCAUUCUUUUAUGUUUUUGCACCAAUUGGUCUGAAGAAAAAAUCGUAUUUUGUUGUCCUUCUUGCUCCAUCGCUUUGCUACAUGUUUUUCUUUCUUUCUGAUAUUUUAGUUUCUUACGCACACUGUUAUAUCAAAAUACGUCCUUUCCUGGGGUUUUCACAUAGGACAGUAUCACUAUUGUAUCGAAUCUUUGUAAGCUCUGGAUGUUACCGAGUUUUAUAACGGUUUAUUACAUGUAAAGAAGAUAUUUAACUA